AUGUCGAACCUUGAGACCCUUGAUAACCUAUUUAAGCCAGCAUUGCCCAGCAAUAAACGAAAGAUUGAAAUUUCCCGUCAUCCGAAUGAUGUCCAUAAAUCAGUGAAAAUAAGCUCCCGAAAUACAACAAAAAUUAUUGCGCGAACCCCAAGCAAACUGACGGAAAAUGAUAUCGAGUCCGGCCCUACAGUCCCAAUUGAUGAAGAAGAUUAUGGACCAGAUCUCCCCGACGAUGAGGAAGGUCGAUUUUUUGGUGGUGGGGUGACGCAAAAAGAAAACGAAAUCCUUGAUUAUGUUGACGAAAAAACUGUGAAUGACCAACAAACUGAAAUAUUUGACUCAGCGUGGUUAAGAAGACUGGCUCUCAAGUUUGAAAGAAAGAUAUCCACGAAUGCGGAACUGCGGAUUAAGUAUGAGAAUGAUCCUCAAAAGUUCAUGACUAGCGAGGAAGAAUUAGACGUUGAAAUAAAAGCAAUUGGAAUACUGUCUCAGCACCCAACAUUGUAUGCAGAAUUUGUCAAGCUUGGAUGCGUCUCCAGCUUAGUUAGCUUGCUCGCUCAUGAGAACACAGAUAUCGCUAUUGGCGCUAUCCAAAUAAUCAGUGAAUUAAUCGAUGAGGACGCUGAAGCGGUGCAAGGAGAUUGGAAUGAGAUUGUGGACGCUAUGCUCAAGGCAGAUUUACUAGAGCUCUUAGUAUCAAACCUUAUGCGUUUCGAUGAAGAAAACGAAUCAGAUAAGCAUGGUGUAUACUAUUCACUGAGUGUCCUAGAGAGCAUGGCAUCGCAAGCAACGUUGGCCGAAAAAAUUGGGCGAGAAACAGCCGUUUUCGAGUGGGUUCUAGAACGGAUUAAAAAGCCAGAGAAAACAGUCAGCCAGAACAAACAAUACGCUGCAGAAGUACUUGUUAUCCUCCUCCACACGUCGUCGCUCAACAGGAAAAAAAUAUGCGAGAUAGAUGGUGUAAACUUACUUCUAGAGCUGCUUGCUACUUAUCGGAAGCGAGACCCUGCAAAAGGCACCGAAGAAGAAGAAUUCAUGGAAAACUUAUUUGAUGCUCUGGUUUGUGUUGUUGAUGAAGUUGAUGGAAAGUCGCAUUUUGUUAAAGCAGAAGGCGUAGAAUUAUGCCUCAUAAUGAUUACGGAGGGAAAGAUGAGCAAGACUCGCGCUAUUCGGCUGCUUGAUCAUGCUCUCGGUGGAACCAAUGAAGUUGAAGUAAGUGAGCGUCUAGUUGAAGCAGCGGGACUAAAGGUUAUUUUUGGGAAAUUCAUGAAGAAGCAUGAUAGCGCCGUGACCGAACAUUUCCUCGGAAUUUUUUCUUCACUUCUUAGAAAUCUUCCUGCCGAUUCAUCAUCUAGGAUUCGUACCCUCGCUAAAUUCGUGGAGAAAGACUACGAGAAAAUUAUCAAACUUAUAGAUCUUCGCAAAACCUACACUCAAUGUUUGGCAAGAGUUAAUGAGAGUAUUCGUAAAGAGCACUUCAAUCUUAGUGCAGAAAUGAGGGAAGCAAUGGCUAACAUAUGGCUUUCACGUAAGCUGGAUGCUGGCUUAUAUUGCUUACAGAUAAUUGACGUUAUCUUGGCAUGGCUUGUAGCUGAAGACGAUGGGGCUAAUCAAAAGAUAAGGUUACUACUAGCAGAUCAAACUGAUACUAUUGAGUCAGUGGCCCAGACAAUCAAAGAGCAAAUUGAUGCCAUACUAGAGGAAACAGAAGAUGAAAUUGUGAUGAAGGACAUGCUAACGACUUUACUCAAGUUUUUAACAUAA